AUGUCAAUUUAAGAUCGGCAUCGUUGAAUUGCAAUUAAUGCAAUCGAACAAUUUAUAUGAAUUUAUGUGUGUAACAAAUGGUAAAUCGGUCACCGAACGUUUAGUUUUAGUUAAGAAAAUCGUGACAAAAGUCCAGACUUGGUGAAAAUGAAAAAGGAAAAGACUGCGGAUGUCGUACGACCAUUCAAAUUAGCCCAUCAAAUUUUGAGUUUGACCGGCAUCAGCUUCGAACGCCGUAGCAUAAUUGGAUUUGUAGAGUUGACCAUCGUUCCAACCAAGGAUUCCUUGAGAACGAUUCGUCUCAAUGCAAAACAGUGUCGCAUUUACAAAGUUGUUUUAAAUGACACGACGGAAGCCACUUUCCAGUACUUUGAUCCUUUCUUGGAUGUGUGUCAAAAUGAUACCAAAACACGUUCACUGGAAACAUUUUCCAAGAACCAUCUAGCAGCCGCACAAAAGGUCGAUCCGGACAACAAUGCCGGUGAAUUAGUCAUUCAAAUACCAACGGAUGCUGGACAUUUAAUAGGCGAAGGUCGUGGCCUGAGAAUCGGAAUCGAAUUUUCGUUGGAAAAUCCUGAGGGCGGAAUUCACUUUGUCAUACCGGAACCGGACGAACCGAUCAAUAAACAACCAGCCCACCUUUACACAUACGGUCAUGAAAAUUCAUCACGGCUGUGGUUCCCGUGUGUUGACAGUUUUGCCGAACCGUGCACAUGGAAGUUAGAGUUUACUGUCGAUGAACACAUGACGGCUGUCUCUUGCGGUGAGUUGACCGAAGUAAUUUAUACACCGGAUAUGCGUCGCAAAACGUAUCAUUACGUUCUAUCCACACCGAUAUGCGCCCCGAAUAUUGCAUUAGCCGUUGGACCAUUUGAGAUCUAUGUCGAUCCAAACAUGCACGAGGUGACGCAUUUUUGUUUACCACAACUGAUGCCACUGCUCAAGAAUUCGGUGCGUUAUAUGUACGAAGCGUUCGAGUUUUUUGAAGAGCUCCUGUCGACACGAUAUCCAUUCUCCUGUUACAAACAGGUGUUCGUCGAUGAGUGCGAUGUUGAUGUCCGAGCGUACUCUACAAUGAGUAUCUUGUCAACGAAUUUACUGCAUUCGAUUGCCAUCAUAGACCAAACGUACAUAACCCGGACUGCUAUGUCCAAGGCAAUCGCGGAACAAUUUUUUGGUUGUUUCAUCACAAUGCAAAAUUGGUCGGACACUUGGUUGGCGAAAGGAAUAGCUGAGUAUCUGUGUGGCUUGUAUUCGAAGAAAUGUUUCGGUAAUAACGCGUACCGUGAAUGGGUCCAAAACGAACUUGCAGAAGUGGUCAAAUACGAGGAACAAUUCGGUGGAAUUAUUUUAGAUAGCAGUCAACCACCUGCUCCACUGCCGGUUACAACUAACUCUCCGGCAACGGUAACCAAACAACAGGAAAUUGUUCACUAUUUCCCCAUCAAAAACCUGCACACCAUGUCACCGAAAUACAUCGAUGCGAUGCGUAAGAAGGCUCACGUCAUCAUUCGGAUGUUGGAGCAUCGAAUCGGUCAAGAAUUGCUGUUGCAAGUGUACAACAAACAGUUGGCAUUAGCCGCUAACGCUGCGGUAACGAAAAUUGGAAAUGGCCUGUGGCAUCACUUGCUCAUAUCGACGAAUGUGUUCACCAAAGCAAUUUUUACUGUUACUGGCAAGGACAUGUCUGUGUUUAUGGACCAGUGGGUACGAACCGGUGGCCAUGCCAAAUUUCUGCUGACUUCCAUUUUCAAUCGUAAGCGUAAUACCAUCGAGCUGGAAAUACGACAAGACUGUGUAAAUCAGAAGGGUGUCAAAAAGUAUGUUGGGCCGUUGUUGGUUCAAUUGCAGGAAUUGGAUGGAACAUUCAAGCAUACACUGCAAAUUGAGAACACAAUCGUCAAAGCAGAUAUUACGUGCCACUCAAAGAGUCGACGUAACAAGAAAAAGAAAAUUCCACUGUGUACGGGUGAAGAGGUUGACAUGGAUCUGUCACCAAUGGAUGACUCACCGGUUUUAUGGAUACGGCUCGAUCCGGAGAUGAUCAUCUCUCGUUCCGUGAUCAUUGAACAACCCGAUUUUCAAUGGCAAUUCCAAUUGAGACAUGAACGUGAUGUUACUGCACAGCUUGAUGCAAUUGCUGCGUUGGAAAAAUAUGCAACACCAGCCACCCGGAUGGCACUGACUGACACAAUCGAAAAUCCGCAAUGCUUCCAUUCAGUGCGAUGCAAAGCAGCCCAAUGUUUGACAAAGGUGGCCACAUCCAUGAUUACAACAUGGCAAGGUCCACCAGCCAUGCUGGCAAUAUUUCGGAAAUUUUUUGGUUCGUUCAGUGCGCGUCAUAUCAUCAAACAGAAUAAUUUCUCCAACUUCCAGCACUACUUUUUACAGAAGACCAUUCCAGUAGCAAUGGCAGGCUUACGUACUUCGCAUGGUAUAUGUCCCAGUGAAGUUUUCCGAUUUCUGUUGGACUUGUUCAAGUACAAUGACAAUUCCCGAAAUCAUUACUCGGAUAAUUACUAUCGUGCAGCAUUGGUCGAUGCACUCGGCCAGUCAAUAACGCCGGUUAUAUCGGUUGUGCAGCAAGGAGCACCAAUCACAGCCGAGAACUUGUCAGCUGAUGCCAAACUGGUUCUGGAAGAAGUGACACGUUUGUUGAAUUUGGAAAAGCAACUGCCAUCGUACAAGUACUCGGUGACAGUAUCCUGCUUAAAAGUGCUGCGUAAACUGCAAAAGUGUGGACAUUUGCCGUCCAAUCCGAAAAUCUAUCGCAGUUAUGCAGCCUAUGGUCAGUACAUUGAUGUUCGCAUUGCUGCAAUGGAAUGUCUAGUGGAUUUCGUGAAAGUGGAUGGCCGAUGGGAGGAUUUACAACAUCUGAUGGACCUACUGGAAACCGAUCCUGAUCCAAUGGUUAGACAUGAAUUGGCGAGAUUGUUGAUCGAUAAUCCUCCAUUCGAAAAGGCUCAUCGACAUAAACUUGAUCGAGAAGAAUUGGUCGAACGUAUCUGGACGAGUAUGAACACUCUUCUUUCACACGAUUCACGUCUACGGUGCGACAUGGUAGAUCUGUACUAUGCACUGUACGGAAAUAAGCGACCGAUGUGCUUACCGACUCCUGAAUUAUCGGCAAUGUUUAAGCCGCAAAAAGUGCAACCAGUUCAAGCCGAAGUCAAAACCAGAGCGCCGAGCCCAAUAGACGAAAAACCGAUUGACAUUGUUGACGUAGUUCCGGUUGAGCCUGACAUCGAAGUACAAGAGAAUUCGCUGAAACGUACCGCUGAGCAAUCAUUUGGCCCAGUGGACUUGAAAGUUGAAUCGCAGGAGGUUGAAGCAGUGAAAACGAUAAAGGAGGAAAUAAUUGACGUUGAAGACAUCGACGAAAAGAAACCGAUCGAAUUUCAGCCAAGCGAGGCUAAGAAAGCAAAAACUGACUUCUGUUCCGAAGACUCAGCCUCUCUACCGGGAAUUCUGGUCGACAGUAAUGCACCACCGGUGGGAUUUGAGCCAGGAAUGUUCAAACAAGAAGAUGAAGCGUCGAAAGUGAAGUCAGAAGGUCAGUCGAAGCCGAAAAAGAAGAAAAAGGACAAGAAGAAGCACAAACACAAGCACAAACAUAAGCAUAACAAGGAGAAGAGCAAAGAGAAAAAGGAAACGAAUGUGGUGCGAUUACAAGAGCAAGUCAAAGAUGAAACGCCGGAAACUUUAAGCUCGGCGGACAGUUCGAGUAAUAGCAUACCCAGCCAGUUGGAUUUGACGAUGUAAUUCGAUUGAAAUUCAUGGAAAUUACAAAUUGAAUAAGGGAAUUA